AUGAAUAGUAACAAGAUAGAAGAUAAGAACCCAAUAUCAAGGUUCUAUGAGGCAAAUGAUAUCCUCAAACUCAAAUUAUCUUUUUCAGAAAAUACGCUAAAGAUCAAUCUGGAAAGUAGAACAGUAACUUUCAGCAGUGAUAAGACACGGAGACGAGAGAUAAAGGCUGAUCUUUGCCAACAGGCUUGGGAUAAACUGUUAAAAGGACUGUAUAACGAGUACACACCUAGAGCACCACAAUUCAAUAAUCUUGGCAGUUUGUUCAAUCAUAUCUGUCAUAAAAAUCAAUAUACCGCCAAAUAUGACAAGAGUCUCGAAGGGGACAAACAUCGAUGCAUUCUCAAAAUUCAACCUCAUUCCGAGAUUUUGAAAUCGAACGAAUUUCAUUCAGACUUAUUUUCUUCAAGCAAAAAGUCCAAGGAUCAUGCCGUUGAAAAAGCCAUAAUUCACCUCAUGACCAAGUUCACAUGGGUCUAUGAGUUCGUGAAAGCACUUCCAGAUGGGGAAAGGAGUCGCGUACCAAUAGCCUCUCCUUUUGAUGAACCAGUGGAAGGCCAACAUUUGACAAGAAACGGCACUAAACUAACAGAGAACCGUAAUUUGGAGUUGAAGGCUUUCACUAGGGACUUCAAGGAAACGCUCAACCAUCACAUCCAUGGCAAAACAUCACUAGGAAAGGAAACUAAGAAUGUUACCUACUAUCUCGCUGCAUUCUUAAACUCCAACUGCCCAGGCCAAUACAUCAUAGGAGUGACAGACAAAGGUAUAGUGCAAGGAGUUCCCAUGAAUAAUAAGGAGAAGGACGAUUUAUUGAAUGCAUUGGAUAAAGUGCUGGAGAAUACCUAUCCUUCACUCUUAGGCUCAAAUUUUCUAAAUGUUACAUUUCCCAAAGUCAAAGAUUGUGACACUCCAGACGAAGCAACUGCUGAAAAGGUACCAAGAUAUCUUGUGGUCGUAGAAAUAAGACCCAAUGAAGGACCUCAUUAUCCAUACUUCCCAGACAAAAAAAAAUCUAUUGCCCCAAAGAAAGGAGAGGCUUCAACUUAUGACAUGAAUCCUGUGGAGCUUGUGGAAAUGAUCAUCAAUGCAAAAGUUGCAGAGGGAGAUGUUAGUACAACUGGCGGUGUAACCACAAAUGAUGUACCAGCCAUAGAUUCCACAAACACAGGUGUUACAACAUCAGGAUCAACUAGUUCACAUGCAACCACAAUUACCCCUACAGGAAUCCUUCACAGUUUAAUCAACUAUUGCAGUAUGAUGUUGAUGAUGAUCAGCUGCAGCAAUUCCUUAGAAGAAUAA